AUGGAGAAGCGAGCAGUGGUGCAAGUGCUGGUGGUAGUGAUUGUGGGGGUGUUGAGUUGGGUCGAGGCUCGACAGUACGGACUGGUGUGCCGAGUGAAGGACCCCUCUGUGGUGUCGGGAUGUAACGUGUUCAAGGACUGUUUGUAUGAGUUGUAUCCGGUGGAGGUGGCUCAGAAUUCCAUGGAUAUUUUCGGAGGCCACAACCGACUGUUUUCGUUGUACGGUGGUCCAAGCUCGUGUGGAUACUUUGGGAAGCUGAUUGCUACCCCCAAGGGACAGCUAACGUUGAUCGAAACGAUCAAGAAGCAGUUGCUGAAGAGUGGUUUCCGCGGUUUCGAAAUUCAGUGCGAUGCUGUGAUGGCAGAAGUUUCUCAGUCAAUCUACGCCAGCUUCCUGGAUUUGUUGCGGACUCAGCUCGGUGGUGGAUACAUCAUUGCCGUAUCGCUCAAGCACAUCCAGCUGGAGCAGUGUCUGGUCAACACACUGAAUUCUGCCGUCGAUUUGGUCAUCAUGCCAAUGGACUGCACCCGGGAUUGUAACAUUCAGCAGUUGACGAACGUCCAGAAUGCCAUUGCUCACGGUUUGGAUCGUCAAAAGAUCGUGCUCGAAGUGGUUGUUCCAAGUGUGCUGCGUUGUCCGCUGAACACUGGAGCGAGCAAUCUGUUCACGUUUAUCCAGAAGGCAGGUCACGAGGUGUUGGUACAAGAUCUGUUCGGAGCGAGCCUCCAGCUAGAUCGAGAUGACGUGAUGAACGUGUGCGGAAGUGGUCGGUUCCCGCUGUUGCGACUACUGAACUUCCAGCUAAACGGAGGUAGAAUGAUGGGUAAUGGUAUGGGAAGCGGCGGCGGUUCUGGCAGUUGUAGUUUCUCCGGAUUCGUCCGCGAUACUCGUGACUGCUCGCGGUUCUACUCAUGCAACAACGGACAACAAAAUCAGAUGCAGUGCCCGCUUGGAAAGUCGUUUGAUCUGUGCAGCAGCAGCUGUCAGCCGUUCUACCAGGUGAACUGUAACCAGACGUCGUGCACGCUGACCGGAGUCAUCGACGGAGGUGGUAACAAGGUCCCGAUUCCGAUUCCAUACCCGUUCCCGUUCCCGGGAGCUUGCGGUGGAAAUGGUAUGGAUGGUACGGGAACACCGGGUGCAAACGGCACAAACACCAACAUAAACGCUACCACCGUCACCAUGCUCAACCAGCAGACGUCCGAGCUGCUGAAGCUGCUGAACGCAACUGACCUCGAGCAAACGGUAGGAAUCUUGAACAAGGCCCUGAAGGACGUCUACCCACCGCUGAAGGACGUCGUGGGCAAUGUCAACGAUUUGCUUUCGAAUCUUCUGCUGGGUAACCAAGCCAUGAACGACACCAUGGGACAAAUGGACGAGAUGCGGAGAAAGCUGGGUCUGCUGGAGAGCUUGCUGGAUGUGGUGUUGAACUUGCUCAAGAAUCUGCUCGGCCUGGAUCUGACUGGGCUGCUAGGCGGUGGAGGAGGAGGAGGUGCAGCGGCCGACCCGUUGGCUCCCGUGACAGGGCUUUUAGGAGGAGCCACGGGUGGAGCACCGGCUGGUGGGGGACCUCUUGGAGGACUUUUAGGCUAA